UGACAAUUUACUGAAAUCAUAAAACUGGGAAUUACUCCGAUAUUUGAAGUUUUUUGCCAGCAUAUGAAUGCUUAGAGCUCUUUAUCGGUGACUGAACCAAUACUUAAUCUAAGCAUGCUUGAAUUUAUCUAAUAAACAAUCAAGUUGUUUCAUUUAUUCGAGAUUAAAUCAAUUUGUUAGAAUCAUGUUCAGUGAUAAUUCCAGUGAACCAUCCGGAUUUUCUUCUGCUGCUACAACUGUUAAAGAAGCAGUAUCAAAUGCUGCACAAACGGAAAAUAUUCGUCACGACUCAAAACAGUCGCAGAAUAUUACUCAACAAAGUGCCCAGACACAAACUGCAGAAAGGAUAACAGCAGUAACGGAUAUUGAUUACAAUAGACUCGCCGAAUUUCUACGGAAAGUGACACCAGGAAUUAUGGAAGCACUGGACAACACAUCGGAGAGCGAUAUCCUUGAUGGAUACGACCCAAUUGCCACUAAGGAGAUUACGCUGCAGGUCAAAUUGUUGAAUAAAUUUCCAACACUCGAAGAAUCCGACUCAAAGAGGAAAAUAAGUGCACUGACCUGGAGUACGCAUGGUGGAACCUUGGCCAUUGCCUACAGCAUUCCCUAUCACGAACAAUGGUGCGACCACCUGUCGGAAAUAAAAUUCUACGAACUGAAAAGGGACGACGAUGUACCUCCCACUGCUAAUAAACACCUGGAGACUAAUGCCUGCAUUACUGAUAUUUCAUAUCAUCCAACAAAGCCAUCGAUUUUCGCUGCAGGAUUUUUCAAUGGUGAUGUGGCUCUCUGGAAUUUAGCAGACGAGGAAUCAGUAGUGCCAUUGUUGGUCUGCGUUCAUGGUGAUGUGGUAACGUCUCUACUCUGGCGUGAACGCACCAUAAAUGAGCCACAUUUGCUCAUAACGUCUAGUGCAGAUGGAUACAUUUUCAUUCAUAAAUUAACUGCCAACUUUACAAUCGCUAGUUUGCAUAACAAGUACAAAAUAGUUAAAGAACACAAUCCCACGGAAAAUACAAGACCUCGCAGCGCGGGUGGACGCAAAGAACGCGCAGCUGAAGCUGGUCUCUCCAUUACGUGUCUUGAUUUUUCAUUAAAAAAUCCCAUUUUCAUUGUGGGAACAUUAUGCGGAGGCUUGUAUAAGUGUAGCCUCGAUUCUUCGAUUCCAGUACAAGGUGAUGAUAAAUUGUUCGAUCCGGUGAUAGAUGAAUAUGAUAGAUACGAAGGCAGUGUUACAGCAUUGAGAUGUUCCCAGACGACUAAUUUAUUCAUUUCUAGUGGAACUAAUAUGGAAUUGCGAGUCUAUGAUGUUGAUCAAAUUUGCAUUAUUCGGGUGAUUGCAGUGGAGCAUACAGUAAUCGGACUAAAAUGGUUUCCAUAUGGAAAAGAAAUAAUUUCGGCCUAUGGAGCGGAUUCGUCUGUAAACUUCUACGACAUUUCGCACGGAAGACUAGUUACAAAUUUGAAAAUUGAGUCUACUACGGAGAACAUUACAGCUUUUGAUUUCAACAAAAAAAGAGAUACAGCUGCUCUUGCUGAUUCGCAUGGAAACCUGGAAAUCUGGAAAAUGCCGAAGCAAGCGAUUCAGUCUGGAUAAAUUCAAUUAUUUUAAUUCAGUUAAACUCCACAAUGAUUUGUAUUCGUGAAUUGCACCUCACUGAUAAAAAAAUGUUAAAUUUUCACACGAGGAAUUAUUAAUACAAUUACUCCUGGGCCAUAUGUAUAAACUUUAUAAUGACUAGGUCUUGAACAAGUGAAGGAUUAGUGAUUUAUUUAUAAAUUGUAAAUAAUUGUAUUGUGUUCCCCUCUCAUUGAAUAUUGGCCCAUUAAUUGCUUUAAUUAAUUCAGUCAUUGGAAUAGAAAUAAUUGUGUAAAACUAUGAACACUCGUAUUUUAAGAAAAUUAUCACAAUCAAUUGCAUAAACGAAAAAAUUCUUCACUUUCACAAUUUAUAAUAAAAGAGAAA